AUGGCGGCCACUCAGUCGCUCUUAGCCUGGUACGCGUCCCUGAAGUCUCGGACUGUCGACCUAGUGGGGGACUAUGCCGGUGACGAGCUAUUUAUCAUCGAGGGGGACUCGCUGCUCGCCCACACGUUUGCAGACAACAAGCUAGAUUUCAACCCUGGCUUUCAGUUGCUGCAUGCAGCGUAUAUCUUAGAGAAUUUCCUCCACCGACUACGUCUGCGUAAAUGCAACUUCCAUAUCGUCUUUUUUCAAGAGCACGCACCCUUGUGUGUUCCGGAUAACAUGCCCGAUGGCCUGCAUGCAAGAUGCUAUCUAGCACGGGAGUGUAUGAUCCAGCAUUUGCAACGUAACCUUGCCGUGUCUACUCCGUCUAUCAAGGUAAAAGUGUUUGAUUCAUAUCGUACUCGUGAAUUUAUGGACUAUUUGUCGACAUCUGGCACCUAUUUCCUCAUGUGUCACGACGGCGUCUUUUCGGACAUGGAACAUGCAAAAUGCGAUGAAGACGUCUUUGAUAAUGAAGACAACCUUUCCAGCUUGCCGGACUUAUCAGGUAGUACUAAUGGACUAGAUGAUGAAAGUAGUCUCAAUGAAGAUAUCAAAUCCGUUCCAGCCCAUGGUACCAAGCAGGCUAUUGGGUUUCGGUUAAUGAUAAUCUGGUUUGUUCGCUACGGCUACAAUGUUGCUCUUCUAAAUGUGUUAGAGUGCCGUGAUACCAAGGUCAUGACGAUGAUUGUUGAAGGCACUGCUGUGGAGGCUCGACAGGCCUCACAGUACCCGCUCACCAUCGUCGAGAAGCAAAUGAAGGGCUCGCAUGCAGAAUUAGGACCUAGUUCUGAUAGCUCAAAUGAUACCAACAUGAUUGUCGACGGAAAACUCGACAACCGCGAUAGAAAUACCCAUAAAGCUCUCGUGACUGAUCUGUCAACUGCGGCCGAGGUGGAGGCCAUACCCGAGCUGUCAGAUCACCCAGUGCAUGGGAAACUUUUGCAAGAGCUUUCCAGAGUUCUGAAAAGCGCUAGUCACUCAGAGCUUAGCCAACGCGAUCUAGCCGUGCUCCUUGCCUUGAGCUUGAUGUAUAAGUGUGGUAUUAUAGAUGGAGGGGACACUAAAGAGGCUAAGGCUAUGCUUUUGCAUAAUGCCAUUCUGCUCAAGUGUCGCGUUUCUUACCGUACCACACAAGUCUUCGUCAAGAGCGACGUUUUCCUCACCCUCUUCUCCAGGGCGGGAUAUCAAGUACUCAAAUCUAACAUCUGGAACGCCCUCUUGGAGAAUAAUGACUCGAAGUCUUGCGACUUGGCUGAUUUGCUAGACGGUCGACUAUUCCACCAUCUCUUGAAUUCGGAUAUUUCUCAUAUUACUUCCGACCCAUCAGUCAUUUCAAGGGUCUGUGUUCUCGCAACCUGGUUGGAGCGUCUCUGCGGCCUGAGCGUGGACUUUCAAUCACUGAACGCAGGCAAUGAAAUACAAAAGGAUGGGCUUGGAAGCAGUGAGAAGCCCAAGCAGUCCAAGGGAACUGAACUAGCUUCCAGCCAGGAAGUCGCUCAGCCUAUACUCCCUUUUAGCCAUCCGGUCUUUAAUGCUCACCUGGAGCCUGUCCAUCUCUCCGUAGACGAGCAAGGGGAACAGUGCAUAGUGAGUAAUACUUCACGGAUUUUUCAAGAACUCAGCCACUGGCACAACCACCGUCGCCCAAUCGGUAGCAAAAUACACGAUACAAAGAUGACUGGAAAGGAUGCCUUCUUUGCCAAUCGCCGGAAUCAAUUCUUCAUGGCUGAGAUGGCAGAUUAUGCAGCUAGCUUGACUAAUGCGAUAGGCGGCGUACUAAACCCGGAAACAAUUUUCUUGCAGUCUGCAAAGGAUGCGAAGAAAUCGGCAUCAUCAAAGGAUAUUUUCACCAUUCGUCCCAAGGCCAAUGAGAAGAAAGGGUCAGCAAAGUCCGGCGGCAAAAUAAACACUUCCGCGAAGGAUUUAGCCAUAGCUGCAAAUGAGAAAAAGCAUGGUGAACUAAUAGACAAGCAACUUCGGGCAUGGCGGAACGUGAAAGUCAACUUCCAUGGUGAAAGUGACCUUGCCACCCGUUUUGCGAAGGCUAAGCGGUACUUGGCUGAUCGGCCGAGCGAUAGCAGUGUCAUGUUGCGAGCUGAAAUCUCAAAUUACCUCCUAAGUAUAUUGGUUGAGUUAUGGACUGCCAGGUGCACCGCCGGUGAGCGGGAUCGGUCCCUGCAUAUUGCAGCCUUCAUUUGGGAUAUGGUCUGCCGUAUUGCAAAAAUGAAGGAGGGAUUAACCCCAGAAAUUGUCAAAGACGUUACAGAAACUACGAGAGCGCUCCGGCUACCAGAUGUAGGGCUUGAUAUUCAACCCAUCGGAAAGUCUUCACAAGGCAUCCAGCCCGCUAGCCUUAGGAAAGAUGUUCUCGACAUUGGAUUAUCGCCUCAUGAGUUUCAGCUUGUUCAUGCUGCUCCCUUCUUUGAUCGAAACAUGGGAUCGGCGGCUGAUCCUCGAGUUCGUGAUUUUGAGCCAGAUGAGUGGCAACGGAAUGUGUUGGACGAGAUUGAUGCGAACAGAAGCUUGUUUGUCGUUGCACCCACCUCCGCUGGAAAGACGUUCAUCUCAUUUUAUGCGAUGAAGAAAGUCCUCCAAGAAAACGACGAUGGGGUUUUGGUAUACGUUGCACCGACCAAGGCGCUCGUUAACCAAGUUGCUGCCGAAAUUCAGGCUCGUUUUUCGAAGAAUUUCAGGCACGGCGGAAAGUCAGUAUGGGGUAUACACACGCGUGAUUAUCGUAUCAACAACGCUACAGGUUGUCAGAUCCUUGUCACAGUUCCACACAUCUUACAGAUCAUGCUGCUUGCGCCAGCAAAUGCGACAUCGUGGUCUGGUCGAGUGAAGCGCAUCAUUUUCGAUGAAAUCCACUGCAUCGGUCAAGUGGACGACGGUGUUGUAUGGGAACAACUCCUCUUGCUCGCCCCGUGUCCUAUUAUAGCCUUAUCAGCCACGGUGGGCAACCCUCGAGAGUUCUAUAAAUGGCUAAGUACAACCCAGAAGGCGAACGGCAUCGAUCUCACGAUGAUUGAACACCGUCACCGUUAUUCAGACCUGCGUAAGUACAUUUACAAGCCGCCAAAGAAGUUUUAUUUUGGUGGUUUACCAGAUUCUACACCAUUCCCUCCUAUGGGCCUUGACAACGCGCUGGGUAUGGCAUUUAUGCACCCAGUGGCUUGCCUUGGGGAUCGCUCAAGAGGAAUGCCAGAGGACCUAACCCUUGAGGCACGCGAUUGCUGGCUGCUGUGGAGCGCCAUGGCCAAAUACCAGACGCCUGACUUUCCCGUUGAUAAGGCGCUUGAUCCAGCAGUUGUUCUACCAAAAAUUAUUCGCAAGGUUGAUAUUGUCAAUUGGGAAGCCAAACUGAAGCCACUUCUGAAGACCUGGAUGGAAGAUCGCACGUCACCCUACGAACUCGUGUUCAAGGAGCUCGAAUUUUCCGUGCGUAGUGCAGAUCGGCCUGAGGUCCAGGUUUCGUCAUAUCGGAAGUCCAAGGAAUCUGAAUUGGCACACGAUAUGUCUGAGAAUUAUAUGGACAGCACUCUCCCUUUGAUUUGUUCACUGCAGCAGGCGGGAGCCCUGCCAGCGCUCUUCUUCAAUUAUGAUCGAAGCGCCUGUGAAGCUAUUUGUGAGAACUUGCUAACUCAAUUAGAACAGGCUGAAGACGCCUGGAAAACUUCAAACCCAGCUUGGAAAGCCAAACUUGCCGGAUGGGAGGCUUGGAAGGCUUCCCGGGAGCGGCAGGCCAAAAAGAACGCUCCAAACAAAGCAAAGAAGAAGGGGAAAGCAGGCGACGACGAUAUGUCUCAAGAGGACCGCAUGCGCGAUACAACAGGUGCUGAACCCAGCAUGUUCGAGUCAUUUGAUCCCGAUGCCCCAGUAGAUGGUUUCCAUCUCACGGACGUGAAAAAGCUCACCCCUUCGGAGCUUGAGGAGCAUGCGAAAGAACUAAGGCGGCGCUAUGUCCCAGAGCGGCUUAUUACAGCUUUGCGGCGUGGUAUCGGCGUCCAUCAUGCUGGUAUGAACCGCAAAUAUCGCCAGGUUUGCGAAAUCCUGUUCCGAAAGGGUUACUUGCGGGUGGUGAUAGCGACUGGCACCCUGGCGCUUGGUAUCAACAUGCCAUGCAAAACCGUUGUCUUCUCGGGAGACUCUAUAUUUCUCACUGCACUCAAUUUCCGUCAAGCUGCCGGUCGCGCAGGUCGUCGUGGGUUUGACAUGCUUGGAAACGUCGUAUUUCAGGAUGUUCCCUACUCAAAGGUCUGUCGCUUGCUCAGUUCAAGGCUCCCUGAUCUCAACGGCCACUUCCCGAUCACGACCAGCUUGGUGUUACGUCUUUUCAUCUUACUGCAUGAAUCGAAACAGGCGACCAACGCGAGGAAGAUGGUUGACUCCCUCCUAUCCUGUCCGCACAUUUACCUCGGUGGAGGGGAAGCACGAGAUACCGUCUUGCAUCAUUUGCGAUUCUCUAUCGAAUAUCUGAGACGUAACCAUCUCCUAGGUCCAGGCGGAGCGCCUCUGAACUUUGCAGGCUGUGUCUCCCAUCUUUAUUUCGUUGAGAACUCCAGUUUUGCUUUUCAUGCUUUGCUGAAGGACGGCUACUUCCAUGGGUUGUGUCAAAAUCUUGGAUCGGAAUCCAAGGGCCAACUCCAUACCCUGAUGCUUGUCAUGUCACAUCUGUUUGGGCGUCAAUAUCUCCGGCCAGGCGUCCUGAACAGUCAGAAAAAGGCCACUAAGAAAUCCACGUCAAUGAUUGUGCUGCCACCAUUGCCGCACAAGCCGGCUGCUAUGUUGCGCCGUAAUAAUAGGGAGAUACUCCGGAUCUACAGCACUUAUGCAAAAACGUUUGUGGACCAGCAUAUCACCGAACCUGACUGUACCCUGCCGCUCACCAAGAUGCAAUGCGGCGGGGAUGAGGCCCUGAAAGUUGGAGGGCCCGGUUCUCCAUCGCCUGUGAAGUAUACGUCGGCGUUCUAUGCUUUGUCUGGACAUCGUGAUAAGUGGGAAAAUGUCUCUGACCUCUGCGACACAGUGCGUAGCGGUGUUUGGCUCGAAAAGGCGGUUGUUCCGUAUAUAGGCCUCUACCCCGAAGAAGGCAAAGUUCCACUCAACGCAUACCUAUAUGACUUCUUCCGGCAUGGCAAUGUACACGCCCUCGAGAAGGAUAACGGAAUCCGAAAGGGUGACAUUUGGUUUUUGCUAAAUGAUUUUUCUUUGGUCCUCGCCACGAUCGUGACCAGCUUCGAAAAUUUCCUCAAGCUUUCUCCAGGCACGGAUGCGGACAUACUGGACGCUAUAGGCAGUGGUGACGCGCACGAAGGGGAAGUAGACCUGAGAGCCAUGCAGGAGGCCACUGAGAAUAUGAAGCUGAAAGGCCCGGGAGCUCUGGAUCUCCGAAUGACGGCGACUGCACCAACUUCUCCCUCAUCCCCGGCUCCGAUCACUACCACUCGCAAAAAGAAGGUGGCCGAUAGCUGGGAAGAUGAAGCGGAAGACGACGAGGCCGAUGAGAAGGCUGCGAUAGAGGCAGAGAGGCCACCGCCGCCAGAGGAGGCAGAUGGCACCCCUGCCGCAUCGGAUAGGGGGAAUGCUGGGAUAUACGAUGUGCUGCGGGGAUUCAAACUGUUGCAGGCAGAGUUCAACCAGAAAUUCAAGGCAAUGUGGGCGUAA